AUGGAGUUCAACUAUGAUAACACCAUAGAAUUGCUUUUGGCACAUAUGAAUAUUGAGGACAUCAUCAACGCUGCAGAGACCCUCUAUCACUGUGAGGAAGAGGAAAAGAAGCGGGGCUUGUCAUUCGAAGAGGAAAGUUUGUCCCCUGUUGCAAAGGAUGGGAAUGACGAGGUUGGACAUUUUGGGAGUCAGCAGGAGGGCUACACUGACGUGGAUGGGAGUGUACGGCACGGGACAGUGACGGACCUUCUGUCUUUUGUCAACCUGAUCUCUAACAUUCAAUCAAAACCCCUGCAGCAGUUGUCUGAGGAAAUGGGAGUCCUACUGAACAAUAAAGAUAUGGUAAUAAAAAAUGGGCGCUAUAAGAUCAACAAGGAUGUGCUCCUGUUUCCCUGGCAACUGACCUACAAGAAUCGUGGCUCUGACCUUGUACCUAAGGGCUCCUUUGGGAAAGUUCAUUUAGCCCAGGACAUCAAGACCCGAAAGAGAAUGGCCUGUAAACUGAUUCCCAUGGAAAGUUUUAAUGGUGCUGAAGUAGAGUUCCAAGCUCGCUUCUGCCAUGAGAACAUCGCCCAACUCUACGGGGCUUUGCUAUGGGAACAGAAUGUGCAUCUCUUCAUGGAGGCCGGUGAAGGCGGCUCGGUCCUGGAGAAGAUAGACAGCUGCGGGCCAAUGAGAGAGUUUGAGAUUAUCUGGGUGACCAAGCACAUCCUUCGGGCCCUGGAGUACCUGCACUCGCUCAAUGUCAUCCAUCACGACAUCAAACCCAGUAACAUUGUCCUAAUGUCAGACAAGGCUGUCCUGGUUGACUUUGGCCUGACUGUGCAAAUGACUGAAGACUUGUAUAUUCCGAGAGAUUUGAGAGGAACGGAGAUGUACAUGAGCCCUGAGCUGGUUUUGUGUCGUGGACAUAAUACAAAAACAGAUAUCUACAGCCUGGGUACCACCAUCAUUCACAUGCAGACCGGCAACCCCCCGUGGGUUAAAAGAUAUCCGCGCACUGCCUACCCUUCAUAUCUCUACAUUAUUCACAAGCAAGCACCUCCCCUAGAGGACAUAGCGGAUAACUGCAGCCUGACCAUGCGGUCUUUCCUGGAACGAGCUCUAGAGAAGAACCCCACACUUAGGAGCUCAGCCUCAGAGCUGCUAAAGGAGGAGGCCAUCAACCCACCCAAAGAGGACCAGCCCAGGUGCUGGAGUCUCGACUCAGCUCUCGAGGAAGCCAACCAGGCCAUGCUUUACCAGCAGAACUCACAAGAUGACGCCACACAAGACUCUUCACUCUAUGCUGAAGUCUCUGGCCCCCUAAAGAGGAAUGGCUCCUUAUACCUGGAUCUAGGGGCCUUGUCUGGCUAUUGCCCCAUGUUGACAGGAUCCCCUACUUCCGAAUAUGGCUAA